AUGAAACUUUUGAAUUUUCUAUUUUUAAAUAAAAUAUUUGCACAAGAGAUUUUCUCUUCAAAGAAAGCGCUAGAAGAACUGAGCAAUUUCGAGAGCCAACUUAUUGAAAGCUUACUUAUCCAAAUUGAGGAGAAAUUGGGACAGUAUGAAACUCUCAGGGACAAUAUCGAAAAUGUCAAAAAUCUCAAGUCAAAAUCAUCCAUCGACCACCCAAUCGAACAAUACAAGAUCAUUCGUCGAUUUCUGACCUUUUGGACCUCCCUUCAAUCCGAAAUAGAAGAAUCUCUCGACUUCCAGCAAUUUGAGCCGUACCCGAAUCGAGAUGAUUUAGUCGGCGCCGCGGAGGGAAUCUUCAGGAUUCAAGAUGUCUAUGCUCUCGAUUCGUUUGACCUCGCUGAAGGAAUGGAACUCGGGGUCAAGGACAAAGAGCCAUCAGAUUUGACAGUAGAAGAAACCCUCAGCAUAGGAAAAAUUGCCUAUUGGAAGAGCGACCAUUAUCACUCUGCUCUCUGGCUCGUAGCAGCUUGGCAACAGAAUCAAAUCGAAGAGAACGACGGUGAUCUCGCUGUUCAAAUCCUCGAUCACCUUGCCAUUUCCAUCGCUGAACUUGGUGAUCUUCUCCAAGCCCUGGAAAUCACAGCGGUUUUGAUGCAAAUGCGACCAGAAGAGGCGCGAUAUCAAAGAAAUUACAAUUACUAUUUGGAAGAACUCGGACUUGAUCAAGAAUCAACACCAUCGAUGAAAAGGGGGAUGAAUUUUUCAGCGAAACAUCUUCCCAGACCGGAGGCGCAUUACGAAUCUAUGCGAGAAUACGAGCGUUUGUGCCGAGAAUUCUCCCCUCCUCACAAACCAAACCUCAAAUGCUUCUACUGGACCGGCCCAAGCCCUCUCUCUUUCCUCCAAUGGGCUCCUGUCAAGACCGAAGAGCUCCACGACGACCCCCUCAUCGUCCAAUUCUACGAAGUCGUCUCGAACGAGGAGGAAAAAGCAAUUCAACUACUCGCUGGAGAACACCUCAACCGCGCCACAAUUCAAGAUCCAGCAACGGGAGAACUUGUCAACGCUGAUUAUCGAAUUCAAAAAACUGCCUGGCUUACUGAACAUGAAAAACUCGAUGUCAACGGGACAAUCGCAAAAUACAACAGAAAACUGACGCAAAUAACGGGUCUCGAUGCAGAUUUCGCGGAACUCGUGCAAGUUGGAAAUUAUGGAGUCGCGGGUCAAUAUGAGCCGCAUUGGGAUCAUCAGAGCUACCCCGGCGCUGAGAAUCGUUGGGAUCCUGCAGAGGGCUCUAGAAUAGCGACGUGGCUGGCGUACAUGUCAGAGCCAAACAUGGGCGGAGGAACUGUAUUUAUUCAAGCAGGAAUUCAAGCCAGACCCGUGAGAAACUCCGCCGUCUUCUGGUACAAUCUCCUACCCUCUGGUGAAAGCGAUGACAACACUCAACACGCAGCUUGUCCAGUAUUGUCAGGGACAAAAUGGGUGUCAAACAAAUGGUUUCACGAAAGAGGGCAAGAAUUCAGAAGAAAAUGUGCGCUUGAUGAAAAUACUCGAAAUACUUACUUGUAA